ACGGAUGGGGCUGCUUCAGCAGGUACCCUCGGAGGAUCAGGACCCUUCCGUGCAAAAAGUAGCAAACUCCGGUUGACUUCUUAAAAUGCGGCGUCGAGACUUUGACCUUUGACCUAGUCUCACCGUUCGAUCCGCUACUUUCUCUCUCUAGCUCUCGCAAUCCUCCUUUCCACAUUUGAGUUUCAUUCUCUCUCUAUCUCUCUCUUUCGAACAGAGUGAAACCCUAUCAGCCAUUGGAUCAUGCUCUGAAGGGCUCAUCACAACCGCAGCACUCAUCAACAAUGGUGGAAUUAUCCAGCGGAAUCAUCUGCAUAACCGCGACAUCAAUGGCCAAUCACCACCUGGGUUCAUAGUGAAUAAAAACCUUUUCUCUAAUACUGAGCAUGUCUGGUUUGGUUGCCCGUACAGGUCGUCAUCAGCAGCGCUACGAAGCCGGCUGUCGCCUUAUUGCCGGGGUUUUGAUGGAGUUGGUAGAUUAAGCCAGAAUAUACUGCAAAUGCCCGAAAAGUGCAUUCCAUUUAAGCAUAGAAAUCCUGAUGAGGGAAGCAAUGAAAAUUCUGAGAAGGUUGUUGAAGUGCUUAUGAUCAAUUCACCCAGUGGUCCAGGUCUCUUGUUUCCAAAGGGAGGCUGGGAGAAUGAUGAAACUGUUGAGGAGGCAGCAAUAAGGGAAGCUAUUGAAGAAGCUGGAGUCCGGGGGGUUCUGAUGGAAUUCCUUGGGCAUUACCAUUUCAAGAGUAAAACCCUCCAAGAUGAGUUUAGCCCAGAAGGAUCAUGUAAAGCUGCAAUGUUUGCCUUGUUCGUGAAGGAGGAGAUGGAGUCAUGGCCAGAGCAGAACACCCGAAGGAGAAGUUGGUUAACCAUACCUGAAGCAUAUGAGAACUGCCGGCAUCCAUGGAUGAGAGAGGCUUUGAAAGAUGGCUUUUCCAAGUGGCAUGAAAACAAGAUAAGCACAGGGGAGGCUUUCCCAGAUCAAGAUUGAUAUGUCAAGUGUCCACAAGCAAGACCCAUGAAAAAAGGUCAUGAGUGGGAGCAAGCAUCCGCCCAAACAAUUUUCUGGGGGCAAUUUUUUUUCUUUUCCAUUUUUUUUGUCAUUUUUAAUACCUUGUGGACAGUAACGACGAUAUUGCUGUUACAGAUGCUUGCUCUCGAUCACGCAUAGUUUCUAUUUCUUCUAGCUGUUUUGUGUAUGUUUUCUAGGAUUUUCAAAAUGCUGGCAUCCUCCCACCAUUGGUUGGGUGUCGACUGAUGGGAUCACUUUCUGAUUUCUCAUUGCCUCGAGCCUCAAAGCCAAGGCAUAGUUGGAAAGGUUGGAAAUUUUGUUGAACCUUUUGGGGAGUCAAAUUUGUUAUGGAACUCCAUUUUCCCAGGUGCAGAGUAA